ACAUGGUGUAGUGCCGAGUUGUUUUUGUGUGUUUCGAUUAAAAAGAAAUAAGGCCGCUCUGCUCUGUAUGACACCAGUGUCCUCUAGCUUACGACGGAACGGAAGAGCGUGUGAUUUCCGCACUACCAGACAUAUAAUGCAAACCGGUUAUAGCGUCAGCCUACGUCACUGCGUCACCGGUUACGCCACUGCGUCCUUUUCCUUCGUCUCGGUUGGUGUCUUUUUUAUCAAAGGAAAACAAAGUCCGUCAGCGUUUGAAUCGCAGGUUAAUUAGCAUAGAAGAAACUUCUCUUGCUCGAAUCGCGUAUUUAAUCUUAACCCGGAGAGAGACUCUAACGCCACGGUAAGAAGACAUGAGCUGUAUGGGUUGGAUUGUAAAUAAAAAUGUAAUCAAACUAGGUCGUUGUUGCUGUGGUAUCGCCUAACCUCGUUCCAGGCGUUCGCUCUCAUGACGGAACUCCUGGAACGGGAUGCUCCGAAUGAGCGUUAUUGGCGAGAGAGGGCGGGACUUUCAGUUGCGUGGGCUUAGCGGCUGGAAUGAGGGACAUCCGUUUUCGUUGCAUGUUUUGGAUAUGGAUGUGACUAAUUUGUCGUGAAAGCUCCACAUUUAUUCUUGAUGUUCUUGUAGUUCUUGUCAUGUUCUUAUACUUCUCUCUCUCUUGGGACUAAUUCCUUCCGUAAACACUUUAUAGAAACUAAGAGACCGGAAAUGUCCUUUGCUGCACACCGGGAUAACGCUACAAAUCAGGAUCCGCUCUCAGGCUAGGUAUACCCUAGCUAAGCUACGCUGUCAAACUCCGUCUAUUUGCUGGAGCAGUUGACUCUGUUCAAGUGACGGCUAGCCUCGCUAUCACAACAACAGCUCGUAUUGUUAUCAUUUAUCUCUGCCAGUCACGAGAAACCUCCAUUUUACCUCGACUCUGCGUUUGUGGCGAACCUUAUGCCUUCAUUAAUGGCCUUGGACUAGAUGUCAGGUAUCAUUACAUCCUUCAAAAGUAUAAUUAAUUCGGCAAAUAAAAGCUAGCGUUUCGAUGCUAUCGAUGGGAAACACAACUGGGUAGCAGGUAUGCUAUUGGUUAGCUCCGUUGGCUAGACCAGUCCAAAAAAUGAUAUAAUACAAAAAACCUGCACGCUUAUUUGCAUUGUCGUCAACGAAACAAGAAUUUAUAUCUAACGUUUUACAUCUAUAAAGAUGUAUCUAUAUCUCUUGUUUGUUUUGCAUGACAUGAAUUGAUCGACCUACAAACAAAGAGGCAGGUUUGACAACUCUCCUAAUGCUGCACCAGCAUUGACGAAUCCUUCUUUACUCCUCGAGGAUGGCUAGCUGCGGCGAGGUGGACCACUCUAUGAGCUCGCACCCGUCCAGCAGGAAGGGUGGCGGCGGCGGCGGCGGUGGCGGUGGCGGCGGCGGUGGCAGCGGCGGCGGCGGCGAGUCGUCCUGCUCGGCCUCCAGCGGCCCGCCGCCCGCCCUGCCGCCCGUGCCCGAGUGCGCCAUCUGCCUGCAGAGCUGCGUCCACCCGGUGCAGCUGCCCUGCCGCCACGUCUUCUGCUACCUCUGUGUGAAGGGCGCCUCCUGGCAGAGCAAGCGCUGCGCCCUCUGCCGGCAGGAGGUCCCCGAGGACUUCCUGGAGAGGCCCACCCUCCUCUCCCCCGAGGAGCUGAAGGCGUCGGCGGCGGGGGGGCGGGGCGGCGCGGCGGGCGACCACGCCUGGUACUACGAGGGCCGCAACGGCUGGUGGCAGUACGACGAGCGCACCAGCCGCGAGCUGGAGGACGCCUUCGCCAAGGGCAAGAAGACGGCCGAGAUGCUGAUCGCCGGCUUCCUGUACGUGGCGGACCUGGAGAACAUGGUGCAGUACCGGCGCAACGAACACGGCCGCCGGCGCAAGAUCAAGCGGGACGUCGUGGACAUCCCCAAGAAGGGGGUGGCGGGGCUUCGCCUGGACGCCGAGGGCGGUCUGAGCGGCCGCGAGAGCUCCGCCGACGGCGCGGACAUGGCUGCGGCGGCGGCGGCGGCGGCGGCUGCGGCGGCGGCGGUUGCGGUCGGACAGCCACAGGGGGCGGGGCUUCCCGCUAGACCGCCUGCCUCUCUCGGCGCCCGGGCCGGCAGGGGGACCCCCUCCCUGGCGGACGCCCUGGCCCAGCUCCAGAUCAGCCCCGAACCGGGACCACCCCGGGAGAGGGCGGAGUCCGGGGAGGGAGAGGAGGAGGACGAGGAGGAGGAGGAGGAUGAUGAAGAGGAAGAGGAGGAGGAGGAGGCCUCGCCCUCCGGGUCUUCGGACCGGCACACCUCCGUGGACGAGUCCGGCUCCGCCGACUGGAGCGACGACGACGACGAUGAGGAGGAGGAAGGGAGAGCUGAGGGGGGCGGGGGGGUGGAGAGGAGGCAUAGACUGAGCCCGGAAGACAGAGCUCCUCCGGGGGCCGAGUCCGCGGCCUCCCCGCCCCCGUCUGCCAGCAGCGGAGGCAGGUCCAGGAUGCCCGAUGGCCAGUGCACAGUGACUGAGGUGUAGCACGGACGGGGCUCGCCCUCCAGCGGCUGCGUUUCAUUCCAUUAAUUUAUUGCCGGAAGGCCCGUUACGGUUACGGUUACGGUUUGGUUUGGUUUGGUUUGGUAGUUGUGUGUUUCUUUUUUUGGACUCAGACAUGAUGUGGACAGGGGGUUGUUUGUUGAGUAGUAACGGGGGCGCGUUGCUCGGUCACAAUGAAUAACCUAUUUAUUUGAUUUCAAAACCGUUGGUUUUAGGGGUUUUGUGCCUGCGCUGCCAUAUUGUGGAUUCAAGUUGUGCGCGAGUUAUGGAUAAUUUAGCUGGUCGUUCUCGGUGACAUUCCUAUCCAGGUUUGUCGUGGGGGGGGGGGGGGGGAAACAAGGAAAGCAUGCAACAAAUGAGUCCCAGGUCCAUCAUAGUAAAAUGCAGUUUCAAGCCUUCAAACCUUUUUGGCUGGACGGUUUUCCUUUCGGCACCUGGAGGGGAAAACUCUUGUGACAUGGUUCCGGUGUUUAUCAGCCAAAACAUUCUUACAAAUACACAGUUAACCAUAGCCACAGCUCCGGGGUAUGCCGUAGAAGUUGGUGAUAUGCAAGGUAGAGCCUAAAGGACGUUGAACGUUUGCUGUCCCUGAGACGUUGUCGUGAAGGUUUAUUCAUAGUUGAACUCCACUUAGAACUCCACCGGGCAUCAGGCGCAAGGUCACCUCGCCCUCCUCCUCAUCUUAACCCCUUCUUAGAAUUGUUUAAUGAUUGAAGCCUUAUUUGAUUUAAAAUGGGAUUGGGGAGGAGGGGUUGAUUGAUCUAAACCAUUGUGGAAUGAACCUGUUGAUCUGUCGACAUGUAUGCUCACACCUUACAUGUUUCGUGGUGCCGAGUUGUGAUCUCUAAAAAACCCAACUCAUGGUAAUUGGUUCUACUGUAACUAAAUGCUCACCAUGGGAAUGCAAUGCAUAUUCCUCUUUUAGAUUCCUGGUGGAUAUUUUUCAUUGGGAACGUUUAAAGAUAUGAUCUCGCCUCAAUGUGAUUACUGUCCCGACGACACGUAUUGAUGUGUGUCAAGAGUUGAAUGUCUUUGGAGUGGUCUCUCUUAUCAUUUGGAAGGGGCAGUGGCCCUCACGCUUUGUUCUGGUGGAAACCAAGGGUUUUUAACUGUGCAGAGGCUAGAUGAUAUCAUGCAUUCUUACUUCAUGGUUCAGUCUAAAUAAUGUACUUUUUGUGUGUGUGUGUGUGUUUGGUUUUGUCUUUUCGGUUAUAAAUGCUAUUGUGUCCAAAUCAUCUAGUGAACAGAUAUUUCCAAUUGAAAGCCACUUGCGGAAGUUUUAACAUUAUUUUUGUAUUUGUCUCUGCAUUACACAUUGUCAUUUUGAUUUAGACUUCUGUUUGAAAAAAAUAAAGUAUACUAAACCCUCUCCUGCUUUUGUUUUUACUAGGAAAUCUUACAUGCUAUGUAAUUUCUUUAAGGGGAAUUUCAUCAACUGAAUCCCCAUAAUAAGAUAUUGCUCUAUUUCCUCUAGUAGUAUAGU